AUCGUGCGUGUGCGAUUGUGCAGAGGCAGGGUGGGUGGCCGUGAUCAAGGUCAUCUUCUCCCUUUGGAUCCAAUUGCAUUUUCUGGUCUGCUUGGUUUGACUUUAUCUUAUGUCAGUAGUUUAGAACCAACCCCAGCGACUGCGUGGUUGAAAGCUAGGAUCGAAGAGCUAGCUGCUGCCUUUGGAGAGAUUUCAAUCCAGGAUUUUUGAAGGACUGUUCACGUUCAAUACGAAAAAUGCUGCUUUGCUCAUCUUGCUGCGAGCCUCUGGAGAAGGUUGAAUCUCACCGUGCAUUCAAUCGGCAUAUUCUGGCUGGGUAUCGUCCUGCUACUGGCGUCUUGGGUUGCCUGAAAAGCUUGCUCUAUUUUCACAACGAGACCAUCAAUGUAUACACUCAUGGACUCUACAUGCUAUUCUUGCUGGUAGCCUUACCCCAUAUCAUCACAUGGCCUUCAGACCCGUCCCUAUGGUGGUUAGUCUUCUUGAGCCUGGCUGGCCAUGUCAGUUGUAUGUUUGGCAGCGUAGUCUAUCAUCUCUUUAACAGCCUACUGCAGUCUGCGUCUGACUACUGGACACUUCUGCAGUUUGACGUCGCCGGUAUCUGGCUUGCCAACUCCAUGAAUACAUGCAUCUACGUGUAUCUGUCGUUCUACUGCGAUGACACGCUGCGUCGCGUCGGUAGCUCGCUGCUCCUCUUCAUCUCUCUCAUCACGUUCUUGCCGACGAUGCGUGCACGCACUCCUGCCAAGCGUGCGGUGGUGUUUGCGCUCUUCUUGCUGGUACGUAUCUUCACCACCACGUCUCGGCAGCUGUUCUCGACGGCCAUUGGCAGCACGAACAACGCCUGGUUUCAUUACACAAUGACGGACGUGUUUCUUUUCAUUGGCGCUGUGAUCAACGCUGCACGCUAUCCGGAGAAGAAGUGGCCUGGUUGCUUCGACUUGGUUUGCUCCAGCCAUCAGCUGUUUCAUGUCAUCGUCAUCAUUGCCCUGAUUCACAACAUGACCGCCACUAGCUUGGACGUGCGGAGUGCCAGUGAGGCGGUGUGCCUGGUGCAGAUGUGAACGUAAUCAUCACAGAAUACACAUCGUCAUCGUCAACGACAGCUCUAGUCCACGGGUACAGCUGUCACCAUCAUCACCUGGCGUUCGACGGCAUCAGCAUGACUUAAACGGUAACUGUCUCUAGCCUUUGCAGGACAUGGUCCGGAUCCAUCUCCAGCUGUUCCUACUAUUCUUGUGGCAAUGGCGUGUGUGCACGGUGUCCAACAGCACUUUGCUAAGUACUUGAAUAUGUCCUAUUAUUUCAAUUUGCCUCUGUCCUGGAAAGGAAGGCAGGCCUGGCUGGAUAGUCCUCCGGACCAUUUCUUUCCCAAUGCUGUUUUCUUUCAUUGUGCCAGGACUGACACUGUGUCAGCCGGCGAAACGCAAGUGCACUUGCUUACUGGUACGCGGUGCCAGCGCAUAACAACAACAGCCAUGUCACAACACCAGUCUCUAUACGAAUUGUGCACGAAUGGCACAUGCUUCGUCGAUGUUAGUCACUCAGCCCGAUACUCUCUUCAAAAUGUGUCGACACUUGAGCCACGUCUUCUAUUUAUUUAUUUAUUUAUUAAAUCCAACUGUCGUCGUGGACUUCUUGUCGUAUUUUGAUGUUGAUAUUUGUAUUUAUUUCUCCAUGUCUUCACUGGAUUGGAGUAGCACCAUCCCCACUCCAGUACCAAAUUAGUAUUUAUCGUGAUCUCUUAGAAGUAGUUUUCCUGGCGAUAGUUUUGUUUUGCGAAAUUGCAGACUAAUUGAGAUAGCACUUGCCCCACAUGAUGUGAGCUAGUGCUGAGACUGGUUACUAUUAGUACUCACAACACGGCGUUGAAUUAUCUGCGUCACUUGAAUUUGCUUUCUUCUUUGUCAGCUCUCGUCUUAGGCUACUCCAAGCAACCCAUUUUUUUAUUUAUCAGUUUUUAAUAUCGAACGGCAUGACGUGUCGUAAUGUGCUGAGCACAUCGUUGAUAAAAUUAUUAUGUAAAUUAUAUAUCCCAGCUUCCACAGUCCUACCACUUGACCCACCACCCUUAUCUUAAUUUGAAGUUAUUUGUGCCAUUCUGCUUGUGAAGAUGUAGGAACGGAAGCCGUGCGCGGCAACAAAACUA